GCGCCAAACACUGCAGAGUUCGGGUUUGACUGGGGGAGAAGCUCGGCUGGAUUGUGAUGUUUUUACCGCCGUUAUCUGCACUUUUAUAGCUCCAGUUUUAUGUGGAGUUUAAUUAAAUACUGCAGUACUGAACCGUUACAGCGCCGGAAUCUGAUAAAUCUGAUUUCUGCCUUUAAUCAAGCGGGCUGUGCAGGAGGCCUGCCGGUCAGACGCUCAGACUGAGAGAGAGAGAGAGAGAGAGAGAGGGCGCAGAAGAUGUCGCUCUGGCGCCACAUUGUUGAUAAGCAGAAGGGCAGUGGCGGUGGCGCCCUGGGCGACAGUGUGUGUACACUUCCCCACAGCUCCAGCUCAGGCCUGCAGGGAGAUGAUUCCUCAGAUAUGAAGCAGACACAGCCCUGUCUACAGCAUCUACAGCCUGCUGGAAACAAGACCUGUCUGCUGCGCAGUCCACAGUCCAAUACAGGUUUUAUCAAAACAACCCCCUCAGGAUCCAUGAGGGACGUUUCAGCCUCCAGCCUGCACAGCUCUCCAGGUCAUUGUUGCACUCCAGCUCAGUCGCCUGCUGGAUUGGAGAGAUCCUUACUCAGACAGCUUGUCUCUGGAUCUCCUCAAACUCACAGUGCUGGAAAGAGGAGGCCACAACUCAUACACAACCCUAAUAAGGCCACCGUGACUGUGGACAGGACCACAGAGAAGGUGUUGGAAGUGAGCAAGCAAGCAUGCCAGCUAUUGGAGUGCAAGUGCAGUGAUCUCAUUGGUCAAACAGUGACAUCAUUCCUGAAGACCAGUCAGACCACAGAGAAUGUCCUGGGUGAAGAAAAUCUGGACACUGAUGGGAACUUGAUUACCAUAUUAGGAAAAGUGGUAAAUGCAGUGAGUAAGACUGGGGCAGAGUUCCCUGUGUCAGUGUGGACACAGUCACAUGACCUCACGUGUGUGCUGCUUCUGGAGAAAGUGGAGAGAAUAUCAGCCCACUUCUCCUUCUCUCAAGAGGGUGGGAUCCUCAGCUGUGAUUCCACCUUUGCUCAUCUCCAUGGGUAUUGUGAUGCUAAUGAGCUGACUGGGCUGUCAAUCACUUCGCUGAUGCCGUCACUGCAUGUUCCACUGCACUGCAGGGCCAUACCUAAGAUGUCGCGUGUGCAGAGGUUGCAUUUGCCAGGCAGCAGUGGUACAGCUCUGCGUGUGUGUGUUCGGCUGCGGGCUGCUGUGUCCUGUGGGAAGUUAUCAAACCAAAUAAACACAUCAGCUGGAUCCAGUCCCAGUGAGAAUUCAGUCAGAAACUCUAAAGAGAUCAGCCCUCCUGAACCAGGUGGAAAUGAAAGCAGUAAUGAUGGCCUUUCCUCACCCAAGUCGGGGGUGGUGUAUUCCGGGUCACUGUGGGCGUUUGCUCCAACCAGCAGCCUUCUGACUCUCCAUCCUAAUGGCACCAUAAACAGCAUCAGCAGCAUCUACUGCCCCCUACUGGUUGGCUACACAAUGGCCCAGCUGCUUGGCAAGAAUAUCACCUUCUUGAUUCCAGCCUUUUAUGAGAGAAUGUGUGCUUUUGACCAGAGCACUAGCCCUGUAGCUCAUCAACGGGAUGGAGCCACACCAAAACCCUCAAGCAACACUGGUUGUAAUGGUGUUGGACACGGUGCUUCAGGCCUAACUGCUGCUGCUGUUACGGAAAAGGAGGAUCAGCAAGACACAUACAUUUUCUAUAUAAAUCUGUUUUCAGAUCCUCAAUCACCGAUGGUUGGAGACAGCAUGAUGAUGUAUCAUGCAAAACAAAGAAGAGAAUGUGUUGGGAAAGGAAGAAGAGUUCUUGCUGGAGUCCGGACUAAACUGGUGCUGCAGGGCACAGCUCCAUGCACCAGUUCCUCUCCUGCAUUUCCAUACAAGCCUCAGGACAGGUUGGAGGACACAUCCGAACUUUGUGAAGAAGCAGCUGCAGCAGCAGCAGCAGGUCAGUGUAAUGAUUCUGUCGCAGAGGAGUCCACCACAGCCCUGCUACAGACCUUUGCCCUUUUGGAGUCUCAGGAUUACUUACCCCAGAACGGACACCAGCCACCCAAACGUGAUCAAGGGGUCCAAGAACCAGUGGGGUCUGUACCGUGCCCAAGAAAAGAGUGUACAGCAGUGGGCAGCCUGUGUUCGGACGGUGGGCUCCAGGAUUCAAGCUUUGAGGUGAUAUCCAUCGGGAGCCGGUCGUCUUCUGGGUUCUGUGAGAAGUGGGCGGGGCCUGAGAGGCCGGACGACACACAGCAGGAAGCAGAAGCAGCAGUGGAAGUAUUGGACUCGGGCAGCUGCUUCUUAAACCUGGACGCAAAUGGCGAUGUUAUCACACACGUUAUAGCAAACCUGGACCUGAGCGAGAGCGUAGAGGUUCCCAAUGAUCCUGGUGACCUCGAUGCCUCUCUGACCUCGUGUGACACGGCCGAACUCCUGCGUACACCCUCUCCAUACGUGGUUGAGUCUGAUGCUGAAACCGAGCCCCUAAAUGCACGGGGAAGCUCACUCCUAGAUCAAAAAAGUGCAGAAGGUUGCCUCAGCACACAGCAGAAAGAUUCAAAUCACCAAUUUGACCCUCAGCUGAACGAUCUGGAGCCGUGGACCCCGUUUUCAGAGUUCUCUAAAGACCAUGUUCUUGAUUCUCGGGGGAUGAGUGGUGAAAUUCUGUUGAUGUGCGACACCCCAGCAACUUCCACCCCAAAGAAGCCACAGUUUGCCCUGUGCACACCACAUUCUCCACUCCACCUCAUACAAGAGGGCUGGUUCCAGGCCAACUGCUACCACAGAGAUGGAACACCCAUCGAGGUGCAGUAUGACGUGCGGAGAGCGACUCUGGCCUGUGGAGAUGUUAUGUUCUGUGUGUGGCUGAGUGGAAGUCAUCUUCUCCUGCAGCAGCAGGAGACGCUGCAGAGCACACGGUCCCCCACAGCAGAGUCAUCAGUUCAGGACAACUCCGCUAUCAGCCUGGGAGAGGCAAUCAGUGAGGCAGCCCGUGGCGAGGGCCUGUGCUCCUCAGUGGACCUGGAGCAGUCUGGAGCGUGUGACGGACAGUUUGAGGAGGCCUACCAGCCACUGCGCACUGUGGGGAAAGGAGCGUUCGGCUUUGUGUGGCUUGCCUCGCGACGACAUGAUGGACAAGAGGUUGUGGUAAAGUUCAUCAGGAAGAGCCGGGUGGUGACAGAAUGUUGGGUGGAUGAUUCAGAGUUGGGUCUGAUCACUCAGGAGAUUGCCAUACUUGCCCGACUAAGCCAUCCCAAUAUUGUAAAGGUGAUGGAGGUCUUUGAGAACGAGAGCUUCUUCCAGAUGGUGAUGGAGAAACAUGGAGAUGGUCUCGACCUGUUUGAGUUCAUCGACAUGCAGCCAAGGUUGGAUGAGCCACUGGCCAGCUACAUCUUCAGACAGUUGGUGUCAGCGGUGACCUAUCUGCGUGGGAAAAGUGUGUUGCACAGAGACAUUAAAGAUGAGAACAUCAUCAUAAACACACUUUUCCACAUCAAGCUGAUUGAUUUUGGCUCUGCCACCACGCUGGAGCCAGGCAAGCUUUUCCACACGUUCUGUGGAACGCUGGAGUACUGCUCCCCUGAGGUUCUGCAGGGGAACCCGUAUGAAGGACCAGAGCUGGAGAUGUGGUCUUUAGGAGUGCUUCUGUAUACACUGCUGUUUAGUGAGAACCCUUUCAGCACUGUGGAGGAGACCAUACUUGCAAAACUCAACCCUCCCUGCAACAUCUCUUCAGAAUUGUAUGGCCUUCUCGCUGGCUUGCUCCACCCCAUGCCAGCUCAGAGGAUCACUCUGGAGGAGCUGCUUCAGGAGCCCUGGAUCCGGCAGCCUAUUAACUUAGGAGAGUACAGCUGGAGUGAAGUGUUCCCCUGCAGCCAAGACUCUUCUGAUCAUGCUGAGAACACCUCAAGUGUGCAGCAGGAGGACAUCAGGUGUCACGCUUCAGAGGGCACACCUCUAAAUGAUAAAGAUAUGGAUGAAGAUGAGCUUGAGGAGGAGGAGGAUGAUUAUGAAGAGCAAAGGAGAACAAUGGCAGCACUGGAAUCUGAACUCCUUAAGUAUCUCACUGAUGAGUGAACCUUUAAGCUGAGGUAGAUUUACCGUCCGGAAGACAUUCCAAACGAAGAAGAAAAAAGGUGGAGGACAAAAAUAAUCGUGCUUCACACUAAUCAUGUCCUGCUGCUGCCUGUUGUAUUUUUUUUUCUUUUCUGAGAAUAAGGGGGUGAGAUAUAUCCACUUCUUUCAUUUAUCCACAAGUGGCUGUGUUUAAAAAAAGAAUCCACUAAAUGGUCAGUGUCAAAGGAUUUGUAGAACACUUGAAGUCAUGUUAUUUUUGCUGUUGUUUUGUACUGUGUGGUGUUAGAGAAGAGUGUGUGUAUGUGUGUGUUUUGUCAGAAGGUGUGUAAAUCACAAAUUAAAAGAGGGCUUGAAUGUAAUUUUGCACUCUUGCUUAUAAUUGCUUAGAAUCUAUAUAUAUUUUUUUCAUAUUGAAAAAAAUUCCUAUACAAAAAGAUUAAUACAUUUUGUAAUCUAGCAUGACCAUGUUUGAUCUUGCUGUAUUUAUACAUUCUGCUCUGGCCUCUUAAUGAAGGAUACAUGUGAUUUAAAACAGUUGUGUAAACAACUAAUUUUAUGUUGAUUUUUAAGCUCUAAAUUAUUCACAUUUUAAAUAUUUUAGCAGAUGAAUAAAGUGUAUUUUUUAUUGACAUUCAUUUUGUUUUAUUUUUUGAAAAUAUAUAAAAGGGCUUUGUAAAACUUGCAUUGUUCAGAAAGGUGCACAUUUUUGAAAUAUUUUAGAAGGAAUUUUUAUUUAUUAAUAAAAGAAAUAAACCAA